AUGAGAAAAAAGAAUCCACACCCGCAGCGCGCGGUGAACGCGAAAACGGUGGUGGUCGCGAGCGACAGAGAGGAGAGAGAAGAACGAUUAUUGAAGCGAGAAGAAGAAGAACGAGCGCUGUUGCGUUUGAGAAUCCCUGAUGAUGAGGAGGAGGAGGAGGACGAACAGAUACGAGAAGAAGAGAUGACUCCUGUUAGGAAAGGAGCGAAGAGAAAGAGAGCGUACGAAUGUGAUGUGUGCGAGAAGGUGCUUCGAUAUCCAUCCAAAUUGGCCGAACACAUGCGUACGCACACGAAAGAGAAACCGUACGAAUGCGAUGUGUGCGAGAAGCGUUUUCGUCAUUCUAGUGCUUUGCAAAACCACAUGCGUAUUCACACGAACGAGAAACCGUAUGAAUGUGAUGUGUGCGAGAAGCGUUUUCGUCAAUCUGGUAGUUUGACACAGCACAAGCGUACUCACACGAACGAGAAACCGUACCAGUGUGAUGUGUGCGAGAAGCGUUUUCGUAUAUCUAGUAAUUUGAGAAGGCACGUGCGUACUCAACAUUAA